CCGAUAUAGGAGUUUAGGACUGUAUAUGCGGGAGCAUUAUGACGAGCACAUCAGUAGUGUGCCGCCGCGCGCGCGGUCUGUAAUGCUGCAUCGUGCCGAGCAGACGUCGUCGUCGGGUUUUCCUCCGCCACCAGGGUCGACGGGGCCAAAAUGCAGCAGCAGAAGUCGCCGGUUUCGUCCCGGGUCUUUGCCGCGAUCCAGAGCGUGGACACUCGCGAGCUGGCCAGAUGCUCGGAGCGCGAGGUCCGACCGAUCCUGCCCUGCUUGGUUAGGAUGAGUCUGAUCGCGCCCCUCGACACGACCAACGAGUGCGUCGAGGCUCGCAAGGAGGUCCUCACCAUUCUCUCGGGCAUCGAGUCUGUCAACUCCAUGGUCGCGCUGCUCUCCAUCGACUUUCACAGUCUCGAGACUGACGUGCGCAAGGAGCAACAGCUCAGACAGAAAAAAGGCAAUGUGCAGGGAGACAGCAUUCUGGCGCAGUCGCUCCAAAGCGCACUCAUCUUGGAGUUUGAGCGCAGUGAUGCCAAUCGACGUAUACGAUUGGUCCUGAGUGAAAUCCUCUUCAUAGAAUCCCAAAUCCAAGAGCUUCAAAAGAAUCAAGAAUUUCAAAUCAAGCAGUCGGACUUGUUUGACAGCGCUGUGUAUAUGGAAGAGAUCAGUUACAUCAUAUGUAUAGCUCUGGCAGAACUGCCAGAUCUUUUGUCUAUACCCAACAUAUGCGAGACCCUACUUCACAUAAAGCAUGGACCUGAAAUAAUAUGCUGGAUCGUGGCCAACAACCCUGACAGCUUUAUGGAAGUGUGUUCACACCUGAUUGCUAAUGGAGAGCGCCAAGAAGAAUCUGCUUUGAGCAGUAUAAGAACUCAGACUCUAACAAUGCUGUGUCAAAUGAAUCCAAGCCAAGCUCUUGUAGUGCGGGCAAAGUGUGUUGAACUCUGUAGAAUGCCAGCUUUGGCUAUAACAUUGAGUUUAGAGAACGAUGGGAUUAGAAACAGUUUAGUGUCCGAAAGCGAUAUAGUUGCUUUUGUGUCUGGUCUCUUGCUUGGUAGCGAUCAACAGGUAAGGACGUGGAUAGCUAUGUUUAUAAGGAAUGGCCAAAAACGGAAGUGGGAGUCGCACACUGCGCUGCAGGCACUCAGAGAUGAAUUACUGCGCAGGUUGCAGGCAAUAACUUCUCAGAGUUCAGAUGGACAGCUUGUCGAGAGUCGUGUCGUACAAGCCAGUGCCUUGCUGAGGCUGUACUGCGCUCUCCGAGGUAUCGGCGGCAUAAAGUUCCAAGACGAUGAGGUAGUGAUGAUCGUUAAACUCCUGACCUCGCAUCCGCCUCCCUCGCCAGCUGGAGUACGAUUUGUUUCUCUGGGCCUGUGCAUGCUGAUAGCGUGUCCAUCUCUUAUCGGGCACCACAACCUGGAGAAGCCGAGCAUCGAGUGGGUGCAAUGGCUCGUGCGCGAGGAGGCCUACUUCGAGAGCGCGAGCGGCGUUGCUGCGAGUUUCGGUGAGAUGCUCCUUCUAAUGGCCAUUCACUUUCACAGUAAUCAGCUGUCCGCUAUCUGCGAGCUGGUCUGUGCCACUCUUGGAAUGAAGAUCCCUAUUCGGCCUAACAAUCUGACGCGUAUGAAGCAGAUCUUCAUGCAGGAAAUCUUCACCGAGCAAGUGGUAACGUCGCACGCGGUGAAGGUACCUGUUACUGCAAAUCUCAACGCCAACAUCCCAGGCUUUUUGCCUGUACACUGCAUCCACCAGUUGCUCAAGUCACGUGCCUUUGCCAAGCACAAGGUGCCCAUCAAGAAUUGGAUCUACCGACAGAUCUCGGACAGCGUACCGCCUCUCCAUCCGGUACUGCCAGCCCUCGUCGAAGUUUACGUCAACUCUAUCCUCGUGACGAACAACAAGGCCAUCGAACAUACAAACAAGCCCAUUACCGAAGACGAAAUUAGGAGGGUUUUUCAGAACAGCGUCUUCGGCGCUAAUUUCGAUCCGAAGAAGAAUAAAAAGACGAAGUCCAUUGGACAGCUAACGGAUCUUGAACAUGACCGCAUCGAUCUACCCGACAAUUCGAGGCCUUCGCUCACGUCCCAACUACUCUUGCUUUACUACCUGCUGCUCUACGAGGACGUGAGACUGGCAAAUAUGCACAACUUCAUCACGCAGGGUAGGAAGGUCAAGUCCUACUCGACCGAGUUUCUGUCAGAAUUGCCCAUAAAGUACUUGCUGCAACAGGUGCAGCGCGAUCAAAUGAGCUAUGCAGGUUUAUUUUCACCUCUGCUCAGGUUACUGGCGACUCACUUUCCACAUCUGUCACUAGUCGACGAUUGGCUCGACGACGAAGCGAUCAACCUCGACACCAGCGUCAACAGUCAGGAAACAGUUAUUGUGAACGACUCGACCAUCAGAGAAGCUUUUGACCACAUACAAAGCUGCCCGUCUAAGACGGGGAUGCUGCUCAGGCAGCUCAUGUCUAUGAAGCCCACUGAUAUCUGGCCAUAUGCUAAGACCAUUGUGCACUUCUUCAAAAAAGUUCUGGAUGAAAAAGUUCCUAGGUAUAUACAAGAAUUGUAUCAACAGGUGUGGUUGAGGCUAAAUACCGUUCUGCCUCGCUGUCUCUGGGUACUCUCGAUAAACGCGCUGUUUAUAGAUAACUCAGCAGUAGCCACGGUAUUCCUUACACAGGAAAACAUUGUUUUGGAUCCAUUGCAAGUUUUACGCUGCGACAUGAGGGUCUUUCGUUGCGCACCUGUUUUAUCUGUGAUACUUAGAAUUUUACAAGCUACUCUGGCAGCAUCGCGAUCUCAACUAUCCAGGCACAUGCAAGACAGACCUUUGACGGAAAAGACUGGACAGCUGACGAGCGAGGUGGAACGUGAAGAACUGAAAACCGCUCUGAUAGCCGGCCAAGAGAGUGCCGCUGUCCAGAUUUUGUUAGAGGCCUGUCUUGAAACUGAAGACGACAGAACCAUUGCAGGACAAAUGUGGUCUCUUCGAGAAAUACGCAGUGUUGUCUGCUCUUAUCUCCAUCAAGUAUUCAUUGCGGAUCCUUCCCUUGCAAAAUUAGUCCAUUUUCAGGGUUAUCCCAGAGAACUUAUCCCUGUCACAGUAGCCGGAAUACCGUCGAUGCACAUUUGCCUGGAUUGGAUACCCGAAUUGAUGGCUCAACCCGAGCUGGAUAAGCAAGUUUUUGCAGUAGACCUGGUAUCUCACUUGGCCGUACAGUAUGCACUACCGAAGGCUCUGGGAGUUUGUAGAUUAGCCAUCAAUACCCUGGGGACGCUUCUCGGUGCGUUACCAUCCAAAGACCGUGUCUCGCUCUUCAUGCCUAUUCUGCCAGCUCUUACGAGAAUUGGUUUCGCGUUUCCGCCUCUGGUCGACGGUGCCAUUGAUCUACUUGUUCAAUUAGGCAGGGUGAGUUCAGCCCAAGCAGCUCUAGGAGACGACUCUGCUGAAGUGCUUUGCCAAGAGGUCAAUGCGACGUUCUCGUGUCUAUUACAGAAGGCAGUGCUUCAAUCAAGCGUUUAUUGAACUUAAGAUUUAAAAAAAUUAAAACUCAUGAUCCGAAUUCCGUUGUACUAGAAUUUCUAGUUUCAAACAAGUUAAGAAAGUAUUCACGGCGCGAGUGAAGGAUAUUUUGAGGAGUACUUUCGAGUCGCCCGUAAACAUGAAGACUUUCCCUGACAUUUAAAUUUAAUUUUGUUGCGAUCGGUAUUUUGUAAUAUAGUUUGCUGCAGUUGUUUCGAAUGCUAUAAUUAUCGCUACGUAACUAUUAAAUAACAGAGGCCUUGUAAUUAAGAUAAUGUGAAAACUUUGUUUCAAUCCUAAUUGUGUAUAUUUCAGUAAACUAUAUUAUUUAAUAUUUUAAGUAAUAAAAAUAAAUUUAAAUAUUUAAAAAAAAAAAAUUUGACUGAGGAUUCAGAUACAAAUUGUGUUGAAAACGUGUACAUACAUGAAAGAUGAAAGAUGUAUUUUAUUGUUUAUAGAUCUCUAAAAGCUAAGUAUUUGUAAUAAAGACGAAUUUGUAAAACUUGA